AUGUCUAAGACCUUUUCUUUAGAAGACGUUGCCGAACAUAAUUCAGGUAACAGCCUGUGGAUUGUCGUUCAUAACAAGGUUUACGAUAUAUCCAACUACCUCGAGGAGCAUCCAGGUGGCGGCGAAGUCUUGAAGGAAUGUGCAGGUACAGAUGCGACUGUCGCCUUCGAAGAUGUCGGCCAUUCUGACGGAGCUGAGGCUCUGUUGGAGGAUAUGCUUAUCGGCGAGCUUGCAGACGAGCACCGACAAGAUGAAGUCAAGAUUUAUCGACCGACAUAUGAGAAGAUUGCCGCCCCUCCAAUUCUUCGCACACAAUCUCCCAUCUGGAGCAUCGCAAGCUGGGUAGCCGGAGCUGCAUUUAUAGGAGCUGCUGGUUCUGGUGUUUAUUUCCUCGGCAUCUCAUCCGUUCGAGACGCACCUGCGAUAAAAGCCCAGUUGAAGAGCUUAUUGAACGGUGGCUACAAACAACACUCAAUGGGCCAGUUCUGGCUUGGAUACCUCAGCGCUGGCGCAACGUUCUCUACUGCAGCGUAUAUUGCAGGCGGUAAAUUUCUCAAGCUCCUCGACGUCUCGCGUGGCAUCGGAAAGACCCCUUCACGCAUUCAUCAGACCUCACGGGUAAUCGUGAAGAAGCAAAUCGUGGCAUUACCUCGACUACCGGUCCUAGACCCCAAGAAGUACCGCAAGCUGCCACUCGCACUGAAGGAGAAGCUGUCAGCGAACACGUAUCGCUUUGUUUUCAGCCUUCCCAGCGCCGACGCCGUGCUCGGGCUCCCUACCGGCCAGCACGUUGCCAUUCAGGCUGUGGUUGAUGGAAAGACCAUCUCCCGGUCAUACACUCCCAUCUCCAAUGACAAGGAUCCCGGAGGGCUCGAGUUGGUCAUCAAAGUCUACCCCAAUGGCCUCCUAACAAACCAUAUGGCCGGCCUCAAGGUCGGCGAGACGCUGGAAUUCCGUGGCCCCAAAGGCGCAAUGACUUACAAGAACGGCCUGUGCAAACACAUCGGUAUGAUCGCAGGAGGCACGGGAAUCACCCCGAUGUACCAGCUGAUCCGCGCUAUCUGCGAAGAUGAUGCGGAUACCACGACCGUCAGCCUGUUAUACGCCAACAACAGCGAGGAGGAUAUCCUUCUACGCCCACAGCUUAAUAGCUGGGCGGCGAAGUACCCUCACAAGUUCAAGGUCUGGUAUGUCGUCGGCACUGCACCGGAGGGAUGGAAAUAUGGCACGGGCUUCGUUACGAAGGAGGUAAUCGCCGAGAGGCUACCUACGCCGUCGGUGGACUCGAAGAUCAUGCUUUGUGGUCCGCCGGGGAUGAUCAAUGCGAUGAAGACUAACUUGGAUGCUUUGGGCUUUACAAAGCCUAGCGCUAUUGCGAAGGCGACGGAUCAGAUUUUUCUUUUUUAA